AUGUCUUCUUCAAACAAACGCAACUCGAUGUUGCCGCCUGUCGCGCAGCAUGGUCCGAAGCCACCAGUCAAGUUAUCCUCGACCCUGACAAUAGCCGAUAGUGCCAUCCUCGCCGGUACCAACCCUAUAGUAAUCAUGUCGGAGUCCGUCGUGCACCCGCGAUGCAGGCUUGAAUCCACAAUCGGAGGCGCAAGAGCCGGGGGUGUGACUAUCGGUGAUUACGUGACUAUCGAGGCUAUGUCUGUCAUUGAGGCUGGAGGCACAGAUAUUGGAGAUGGCACUGUCAUUGGCAUCGGUGCGAAGGUUGGCGCAGGGGCGCGCAUCGGCAAGUCCGAGUUCGUGGAGGGCAACCCGGCUUCGAUAUCAGGGUUCCAUAAGCGAAUUUUAAGAAAGAUUGGCAACUGA